AUGACUCUCCUAGACGAGUCAGACGUUAUGGCCCGAAGCGAGGAGCAUGUAGCCUAUUGUCACUUGAAUGAGCACAUUCGGCGACCGAGAGAGUUGGAAAAGCGAGGGCGACGUCUGGACGCGCUGCUCACUGCAGUCGGAGACAUCGCUUCGUGCUACGUAUCGAGCUGGAACCCAUCCGGGAGUGUCAUAUUCCUCGAACGCUACGAACGCGGUUCAAGAGAAGCCGCUAUGAUUGACACAAUCCAUGACAUUCGGCAUCCCGAUAUCAACUCCUCCGAAGGGAUGUAUAGUGGCAACGCUACUCCUCUGCUGCGGAAGCUAGAUGAGAGAAGUCCACUUCGAUAUGUACAUCUUAUCGAAAUGCCAAUGACUGAGAUUGCAUCAGUCGGGUUUCGUUACAUCUUUGAGACUAAAAGCAACGUCCCCAGAAUUCGAUCAUGGCAGCUGUAA